AUGUUUUCUCCAUUCUUAGACAAUGAUGAUAUCUCGACAGAAAGAAAAAACAGUGUUGGAAAUGACAUUGUUGGAAAUGACAUUGUUGGAAAUGACAUUGUUGGAAAUGACAUUGUUGGAAAUGACAUUGUUGGAAAUGACAUUGUUGGAAAUGACAUUGUUGGAAAUGACAUUGUUGGAAAUGACAUUGUUGGAAAUGACAUUGUUGGAAAUGACAUUGUUGGAAAUGACAUUGUUGGAAAUGACAUUGUUGGAAAUGACAUUGUUGGAAAUGACAUUGUUGGAAAUGACAUUGUUGGAAAUGACAUUGUUGGAAAAGUCUCAUACGCCAGAAAAUAUUCAAACCAGAGCUGUGACCAAGCAUUAUCAGCUGCCAACAUUGAGAAACUUGAAUGCAGUGAUUACCAUGAAAACAUCAUCUCCUUAGAAAGUGUACGAGAAGAAAUCGUGGAACAGACUGAGAAGCAAUCUUCAUCCAAGGAAACCACGAAAACUUUAAGGAAAUCCUUUAGUGACACAAGCAAUACACAUACUGUGACACAAGUUGCAGAGCAACUCAGAUGUGAUGACUAUGGAAUUUUGUGUACAAGUGAUCAUUUUAAUGUCCACACUGUGCUAAGUGCAAAGAGACGUCACAAAUGUGAUGUUUGUGGCAAAUUGUUUAAUCGUUCAAAUAGUCUCAAGGUACACGAAUUAAUACACACGGGAAAGAGACCCCACGAAUGCCAUGUUUGUGGAAAAUCGUUUACUCAGUCGAGCCAUCUCAAAAGACAUGAAUUAAUACAUACAGGAAAGAGACCCCAUGAAUGCGGUGUUUGUGGAAAAUCGUUUAUUCUUUCGGGCAGUCUGAAGGCUCAUGAAUUAAUACACACGGGAAAGAGACCCCACGAAUGCCGUGUUUGUGGAAAAUCGUUUACUCAGUCGAGCAAUCACAAAAGACAUGAAUUAAUACAUAAAGGAAAGAGACCCCAUGAAUGUGGUGUUUCUGGAAAAUCGUUUACUCAGUCGGGCCAUCUCAAGACGCAAAACGUAAUACACACAGGAAAGAGACCCCACGAGUGCGAUGUUUGUGGAAAAUCUUUUCCUAAGUCGAGACAUCUCAAGAGCCACGGAUUAAUACACACUGGUAAGAGAUCCUACAAAUGUACUGUUUGUGGAAAAUCGUUUAUUCGUUCGGGCAAUCUCAAGGUACACGAAUUAAUACACACAGGAACGAGACCCCAUGAAUGCGGUGUUUGUGGAAAAUCGUUCACUCUGUCAGGCCAUCUCAAGACCCACUUGUUAAUACACAUAGGAAAGAGACCCCAUGAAUGCGGUGUUUGUGGAAAAUCGUUCACUCUGUCGGGCCAUCUCAAGACCCACAUGUUAAUACACACAGGAAAGAGACCCCACGAAUGCGAAGUUUGUGGAAAAUCAUUUACUCAGUCGGGCCAUCUCAAGAGUCAUUUGUUGACACAUAUUGGAAAGAGACCCUACAAAUAUAGUGUUGCGUAAAUCGUUUCCUCAAUGGGGCAGUCUCAAGAAACACGAAUUAAUACACACUGAACAGGGACCACACAGUCAAUGUUGGUGGCAAAUCGUUUUCAGAACUGGGUCAUCUGAAAAUACACGCAGGAAUGAGCCCCUACAAAUAUGAUACUUGCGGCAAAUAUUUUUCUUACUCUGGUAAUCUCAAGGAAACAUUAGUACACACCGGUAAACGACCACACAAAUGUAGUAUUUUUGGCAAAUUGUAUAAAAACUCGAGUAACCUCAAGAAACAGCUAUCACUACACACUGAAAAGAAGGCUACACAGAUGUGAUAUUUGCUGGGAAUCUUUUAAUCCGGUCUAUCAUCUUUAGAAGCAUGCAAUAAUACACAUUACGUAGAGACCACUCAAAGUAUUGUUGAGGUCUGUAGACUUAAACAUGUUCAAAGGAGAGCACAAGUGCGUUAUGAAUAUUGUUCGCAUGUGCUACAGAAAGGUCACAAAAAAUACGACAAAUCCGUUUUCACAGCUUCAUGUUCAAAGAAGUUGCAUACUAAAUACAAUAUAUGAAGCACACAUUGCAAUUUUUUGUUGUAAAUGCUCCAUGCUAUAACGAUCUGUCUACCAGAAAUUGGUGCAUUGAGAGAUAUCUGUUACUUGUUUGAGUAGAAGUCCUAUGCAGUAAUCACGACUCCAUAUUCUUCAAGAGAAUUUACCAGUAUGUUGCUAAUUAUUUGAAAGAAACUGCCAUUUCAAUAUUCAUGAAGCUGUAGGCAGUACCCAGGCGACAGCAUAAAUGUGUUUAUUACACAUCCAUCACUCAGGCUAUUUUUCUCAACGAUGGAGAAAGAUACAAAAAUAUCAUGAUUAUGCAAACAUGUUACUGAGGUAUGCCUUCUUAAUAGUAAUGCUGUUUGUGUGAUCAAAAUUUGCACACAUGUGAACUAUCUGUGCUACUUCUACAUUAGGAAAUAACUGAUGGUGGCAAGUAUGCAGAGACCAGGCAAAAAUUGUAAUCAUCUGCCUAGUAGCACUUUCAGACUGCAAUACAACAGUGCUUCUGUAUGGUAUGGACUCAUUAGUACUCUGUUAGUUUUCCACUAGUAAAUUGGACUAUAUGUCUACACACACCUCACACAGUUCCCAUUUACUGCAGGCUAUCAGUUUGUUGCUGUGUAGUUGGUGUGCAAUAGCAUCCCAAAUUCGUUUCAUAAUGAUUUAAUGAGGUGGGAAAGACAACAGUGUGAGCUAUCAUGAUGCUCAAACCAUUACAGUGUGAUUCUGACCUUGUGAUUGUGACCAGGGAAUACAUCAACCAUUAAGUGACACAGAGGUUGCAAUUAUGUUCGUGUUCUCCACAUCUGUCAUGGUGCUUCCAGUUAUGACCAGCUGUUUCUUGGCGUCUCAUAUGAAUAUCCCCUAUAGCAUGACAUUGCCCCCAACUUUCUGCACCUGUUGUGUUGUGCAUGUGUUGAACGACUGUUCAUCUGGGUGAUGGCACAUCAGGGCACAACCAUUGACCUGGUCCACAAGAAAUGUCACUUAUCCCAACACGUGACACAUCUUUAUUGGUAUGCAGUCCAAUCUCAAUUAUCCCAUUUGUAUUACUAUAGUAACUGACAAUGUUGUUAGAUCAACAUGGGAAUACAAAGCUGUUAUAUAACUUGGGGCCUCAUGUUCAACAGUGUCUGCUGAAUAGCUUGAAACUCAUGUGCCUGCUCAAGCAUUUUCUCCUGUCUCCACAGAUUGCCAUCAAUCCCAUUUUACAGAGCAGCUAGGUUCUGAUCUCCUUGUUCUAGGUAAUGCAUGGUAAUCCUACAACCUUUUGUCAACUUGUGGAUAUACCAUCUUUCAAAGAUGUUCCAUAGAGGCUAAUGAUAGAAGCAUCUGAGCAGCCAACCAGAUUCACUGUUUUUAGCUGCACUUACCCAGGCACCAGGCAAAACCAUCUGCUCUUUGGCAAAGUUAUUUAUGCCAGUUUUUUACACAUACUGUAACUAGAAUGAUCACCCAUUCAUUGCUGGUUAUAUAGUUUCGUUACUACUUGACAUAACAAAAAUGCCACUGGGUAGCACACACUCCUCCUAGGGAAGUGGGUAUAAUGAUUUGGAUCAACAGUGUAUCUUGACACAAAAGGAUCUUUUGGUAAAUUAUGUAGUAAUUCAAAUUUUCAUGUUUCAUUAAAUUUUAUGCCAAUAUACUAUUGUCAGUUUAAGUGCCAUAUUUCUUGUGAAAAAUAUUUGUAUUAAAAAUCCCUGUACAUAAUUCUGAUUAAAUGAUGAUUAAUUCUAUGCAUCAAAUCUUUUAAUUA